GCUAAUUAGCAACAUAUCCAAUAUGGCUGCCAAUAGAGAGCUGCUACCCUGCGGUAUGACAAUUGACAGCACUUGAAAUCUAUCGAAAGAUGUUCAAAAUGUGAUGAAUUGAGCAUAAAGUCUUGUGCAGACAUGCACAUUAAAUAGCAGGCAUCAUGCAGGCGCUCUCUCCGACAGAAGAUUCGGUCAAACAGUCGGCAUCGACGAUGCUAACAUGGAAAGAGCCUGUGGUUGUCGAAACUCAAAGUCCAACAUCGGCUCUUCGAAGUUCUAAAUCUAAGUCUUACGGAGCAAGCGGUUCCCCGGCGCCUGGGCCAGGCGGAGAUCUCCUUGGGGUGAACGCUGUAAAUGGCCAGUCCUUCAAGCCGCAGAAACAGCAGAAUGGGCCGAUGAACAUCCUCCAUAAUUGUAUGCCUCAAAAUGGUCACCAAGAGUUUGGAAGUCCAUUUAUGGAAAAUUCAAGGCAAAAUGGGAUUCCAGAGAGUGUGAUGGUGAUGCCAAUGAUUGAUUUUAAGCUGCCUUCUGCCUCCACCAGAUCAAACUCGAGCUCUCCACCCUCAUCGAGAAAGGCCGUUCGAUCUCGUGCACGCCCACGAAAGCCUGAAGAGCCUGUUCCAUUCCUAAGUGUUGAUACUUUACCAGCUGAUAAGGCAGUAAUGGAAGGAAAGUCUUAUUCCAGCAAGCAACUCUCCAAAAAGCAAGGCAGAUCUGUACCAAAGAGGAUUAGUCCAGAGUUCAUACACCCAACAGCUGGUAGGAGAUCUCAAACCCCUAACCAUCCCCCUUUUUCUCCUUAUGGAGGAGGCAAGAGUACCCCAAGAGUGCCUUCCCGGGCCGGAUCGUCACUGCACAACUACAAUUCUUUCUUUACUCACAAAAAUUCUGCAUUUUUGGCUGGUCCUCCAUCAUUGUGGUCACUAGGCAACCGUUUCUGGCCCCAUCAGGCGACGCCAAAUGAAGGGAGGCGGAGGCUUGCUCCCAUUCAGGCUCCGAUGGUGCUAGAGGCCUCAACCCUCAAGGCUAACUACCAACUCUCACAGCCAUUCAAGCACAAUGUGGAGAACUCAACACCCAUAGAACGACCUGUGUCUCCUGGUCAGGAGUUGAAGGAAUCUACAAUGCUAGCCUUGCAUGAGGUAACCCAAGCUCUGGCAAGGCAACAGGAUCCCCCGCCCAGUCGUAAGGGAGGCAGGUUACUAAAGGGAAAACUGAAGCCAUUGCACACAUUUAAGAUGGAUGGACCUGGAAUGGAUGAAUGCCAAGGAAUACUAACAGAGGAUAACCGAGGACAGACAGCAGACAAGGCCCUCUUGCUGCAGCGGAAGAAGGAGUUACUGAGCAUGCUGCCUCCCGAUGUCUUCCAGAGGUCCACAACAGGCAGUUCACUACACACUAGACCAGAGACUCAAGGUUCCGUCCACAGAAACUCCAUUGUCUCAGCACUGUCCUUAGAUAGGGAUAACCCAGCCAACCAUCCCUCCAUACAACCAGGUCAGCUGAGAUCACAGAGUAUGGUGGAAGAGGCUGGACCCGUUGGUCCAUUCAACAGCAUGGUGAUGAUGAUAGAUGACAGGAUCUUCAACCAGGUCGACAUCCCUGCUGUUGAAGUUCAGCAAGAAGGUGGUGACCCAGAGGCAAAGGGUCCAGAGACCAGCGCAAAGGAGGAAGGUACCGCUGUACAGGAUCCAGAACGUCUGAUGGCUGGGGGUGAUGCAGACAAGCUGUCUGAUGAUGUGAGCGAGUCCAAUAUGAGCGACUACCUCAGUGAACUUGAAGGGGGUAGGGCAGAGAUCCUAUGCAACAUGGUGAAGAAGAACUCACAGGCCAGAAAUGACCUCACACAGUUCGACAAUGAACCCUCGGAUGCCACAGAACUGGAGAAUGGCUAUGAUGAUGAGUAUCCUUUGGAUAGUGUCCAACAGAAGUAUCCAGCUUUAGACAGUGCAGCAAUGAGUGAUGAUAGGGUUGGGAACAGAAAAGUAACCACUGCAAUGAAAAGUGAAUCUCAACCAAACCUUGAUGAUAAUGACAGUAUCAAUAGCAAAAAUGUUGUACCAGACACUGUGACUGUUGAUAGAAAUGAGUCCAAGAGUGAUCACCCUGAACAAAGUUACUCACCAUCCAUUCUGAAAGACAGUAUUACUCAGAGUUAUGUUGUAGCAGAGACUGAUGAACAAAGUGAAGGGUCUAUGCAAAGUGAGAAUAAACUGGAAACGAUUCCUACAGAAGAGCAUCUUGAACAACCUGUUGUGUCUAAAAUAGAAACUAAAGUACCUGAAAAAGCAAUAACAGAUAAGGAGACAAAGAUUAAUGUAUAUGGGUCAGCCACUUUGCAUGAACAAAAGAAGAUGAUUAUGCAGAAUGCAUCUGAAGAUGUGUCAAAUGGAACAAAGCUUGAAGACAAUAGAAGAGAGUCAAACAAUGAUAGCAAUACUAACACUGUGCCUGUGAAUGACUCCCUGAGAAAUGAAUCUCAAAACUUGAACAAUAUUCCCAGUAUUUCAUUGGUUGAUGGGUCAGUUAAAGCAGCUGUAGAGAAUGAUAUUGUAAGCAAUAAUGUUGAGGGAACACCUCUGAGGGAAGGAAGUGCUGAAGGAGCAUCUAGUCCUGCAGAUGAUGCAGUAUCAGGAACACCAAACUCUGAUCCUGUUCUAAGAACAGGCAUUGAUGCAUUAGCAAUAACAUUAGUCAAUGAAAAAGAUGUUAGUAUAGUGAGCAGCAAAAUAGAACAAAACUCUCCAGCUGGAGACCAACAGCAAAUUGAAACAGCAGUUCCAAAAGAAAUUCUCAGCAAUACUGCAGACCACCAAAGUGUUUCUGUAAAUGCUAACAUAUCUGAAUCAGUCGUGACUCAGAAUUGUGAGAAUGAUGUUGUAAAGCAAAAUAAUGAAGAAUUGUUAUCAAGUGCAAUGAAGGAAGACAGUGAUAAAGAAGUAGAGAAGAAAGAGGAGGAAGAAGUGGAUGAUGAUGCAAAGGACACUAAGGAAAAGGAUAAUGGGAAUGAUGGUGAUAGAGAAAAGGAUGGUGGUAAUGGGAAUAAUGGUGAUAGAGGAACGGGUGGUGGUAAUGGGAAUAAUGGUGAUAGUGGAACGGGUGGUGGUAAUGGGAAUGAUGGUGAUAGUGGAACGGGUGGUGGUAAUGAGAAUAAUGGUGAUAGUGGAAAGGGUGGUGGUAAUGGGAAUGAUGGUGAUGGUGGAACGGGUGGUGGUAAUGGGAAUGAUGGUGAUAGUGGAACGGGUGGUGGUAAUGAGAAUGAUGGUGAUGGUGGAACGGGUGGUGGUAAUGGGAAUGAUGGUGAUAGUGGAACGGGUGGUGGUAAUGGGAAUGAUGGGGAUAGUGGAACGGGUGGUGAUAGUGGUAGUGGAACAGGUCAAGGUAGUAAUAGUCACAAUGAUAAUGGAGGUGGGGCUUUGGGAGGAGGAGGAGGAGGAGGAGGAGAUGGAGAUAGAAACAAUAAAGAUGAAAAUCCUGGAGACAAUGAAAAUGGUAACAGCAAUAAUCACACUGAGGACAAGGAAGUCGAAAGUGAAGAAGAGAAUCAGGUAAUCUGUUUCAAGAGCUUAGAACAAUUGCUGCAAGAAAUCCAAGCUCAGAGCUUGUGCAGGAAAGAAGAACUUUUGUCAUAUAAUGACAUUCCUGAGGUUGAUGAUCCAGUCUUGUACUGUGACAGUUGUGGAUUAGAUGAGGAUACUUGUGUUUGUCCUAAUAGCUCUUUACAUAGAUUCCUUGGACAAGAUGAGUUCCAGAAUCGUUCAGAGCUUGAAGACGAGGAACUCUUUGAUGAAUCAAGUCAGCAGCAGAAUAUUGUCUUGGAGUACAAGAUGCUUCUAGGUGAACCGCAUCCUGGUAUUGGUUGCUAUAGCAAUGAUCUAUUAUCCUCGAGAGAAGCAUGGAAUGAAGAUGGCCAGCAUGCAUCUAGGCUGUCGAGAGCAAAACAAAAUUCUGGAGUUCCGAACGACAUCAUGCUGACUACUGGUGUUGCCAUGACGCAAGUCCAACGUCCCAUCUCCGCUAAGGUCAGACCAGGGUCAUCCAAACCAUCGCGUCCAUCCAGUCAUCGAGGACCGAAUGGAGGAAGAGGAGGAGCAAAGGUCAGCCUGGAGGAUGCAGACAUGAGUGACAGUGGAUGCGGGAGUGAAAUGUCUGAAGCACUGACCCAACCUAGUCAACUCUUGACUGAUGAGAUGGAGAAAAAUUACAAUUUGGAUGAUGAUUUGGAUCUGAAAGCUCAG